UUUUGAUUGCAAGUUUCCUAUGGUUUUACCCCCCACCAUCGGUGCAUGUACAAAAGCCUCCUGCAGAGCUGAGAACAGAGAAAGAUCGUAGCUAUCACACAGUCAGAACUAACUAUUAAGCUUGCUUACUUGUGAUUUGAAAAUAAAAGAAUGGGGUGUGCUCUAAGUUCUCAAGAAAAGGAGGCGGUGCAAAGGAGCUUGGAGAUUGACAAGAAACUAGCCUCAGAGCAAGGGAGCAAAAGCAAAGAGGUCAAGCUGCUCUUGUUAGGCGCUGGUGAAUCUGGCAAGAGCACUUUCGUGAAACAAAUGAAAAUUAUCCACGAGAAUGGCUACUCAAGAGAUGAGUGCAAACAGUUCAGAAGAGUCAUCUACAGCAACACCAUAUCCUCACUGGCGGCCAUUAUCAAGGGCAUGGACAUCCUCGGGAUCAACUUUGCAAAUCCCGCCAGAAGAGACGAGGCCUUGUUGUUGUUCGGAGUCACAGCUAGUCAUCACGACACAGAACCCUUCACUCCGACUCUAAUGCAAGCCAUGAGGAACUUGUGGGCCGACCCAGGAGUGCAGCUGUGCUUCAGGAGAUCUAGCGAAUACCAACUCAACGACUCGGCACAAUUCUACCUCGACAGUUUAGAGAGAAUUGGAGACAGACGAUACGUACCGAAUACUCAAGACAUUCUCAGAACAAGAGUAAAGUCAACUGGAAUCGUAGAAUCUACCUUUAAUUAUCGUUCUCUCAACUUCAGGGUGGUGGAUGUGGGCGGUCAGAGAUCAGAGAGAAAAAAGUGGAUCCAUUGUUUUGAAGAUGUCACAGCAAUUCUGUUCUUUGUGUCUCUGUCAGCAUACGAUCUUGGUCUACGUGAGGAACAAGACACUAAUCGUAUGGAAGAGGCCCUACGACUGUUCAACUCCAUCCUGAACAACAAAUGGUUCCUGGACACCUCUGUCAUCCUCUUCCUCAACAAGAAGGACCUCUUUGAAAGAAAGAUCAAAGAGAGACCACUGAGAGACUUCUUCCCUGACUACAGAGGUCAGAACUCUUUCCAAGAUGGAGUGCGAUUCAUCUGUGAUAAGUUUGUCAGACUCAACAAGAACCCGACACGCAAAACAGUCUACACUCACGUCACAUGUGCAACAGACACGUCGAACGUUCAGUUUGUGUUUGAAGCAGUUACGGACAUUAUCAUUGCUGAGCAUUUGAGAGAAACUGGUUUAUUUUAGUGUUGUUUCGUUGCCUAGUGCUUUGUAUGUUAUGUCUGCCAUUAUUUAUAGUUUAUAUUCCAGUUAACGUUUUACUUCCAAUCGAGUGGUAACAUGCACUGUGUGUUUGUGUAUUCUGUUCUUUCUUCAUUCUAUGAUUUAUAUAAUAGCUGUCACACUUUUGUUCACUGUUUUUCAAAUGACUUUUAGCUAUCUCUUGG